AAAACAUCAAAAAAUUACUGCCAAAAAAAUCAAAUCUGGCAGAAGAAAAAAAACCAUCAUAAAAAAGACUGUCAAAAAAACCGAAUCUGGCAGAAGAAAAAACAUCAAUAAAAACUGUCAAAAAAAAGUUCUGGCAGAAGAAAAAAUCCAGCCAAAAAAAAAAUGGCUUCAUUUAAAAAAAAAAAUAAACUCGGCUAAAACAGCUCAAUCUAGCCACAAAGAACAUUUAUGCUAAAUAUUCUUCUGUAUUGUGCAUUUUGAUAUGACUUAUGUCAACAUGUGUUUUUUCUUUUGUACUAUCAAUAGCCCAACAUUUUUUUAUUGUUCUUUCAGAUUGGACAAAGCAAGCUAAAAUGAUUUAAUCGUUCGGAUUCGGCAAUACACCGAAUGUUAUGAGAACAAGGUUAAAGUGAUAAAGUGAGACCUAGCUUAAUCGAAUAAUAAUGAUUUUGUUGCCAAGAGUUUCCCUUUUGCUUUUCUUCUCAUCAGCUUGUUCUGCAUAUUUUAAUUUAGAAGAAAUAGAUAAGAUAGAAUAUUCUGUUUCUAUCCUCGACACUCCCCUCUCCUUCCAGGAUGCAGAGAACCCCCAAGAGAACAUCCUCACCAUGGUGAACAAGUUUGGACAGAAGUAUCAAUGUCUUCUGCCUGUCCAGGAGAAGGAGGAGAAGGAAGGAGAGAGAGGGGAAGGGGUAGAAACUGUUCAAGAUGUAAAAUCAUUGUUGGCCCCUCUCCACACAUCUCCCUGUCUUAUCAGAACAAAAGACUGGUGGACAUAUGAGGUGUGUUUUGGGCGACGUAUCCGUCAAUAUCACAUGGAAAAUGAUCGUCCUGUUGGAGUUAUAAUGGAUCUUGGUACCUUCGACUCAACCAGGGAAGGGGUUGAUGAGAAACUUACAUAUCAUCCUGAGUGGUAUACUAAUGGUUCAAGGUGUGAUUUGACUGGGUUAAAGAGAGAGACUGAGGUCAGGUUCGUCUGUAACGAGGGUGCAGUGCAGGAAUAUAUUGGAGAUAUAUUUGAACCUAAGUCCUGUGAAUAUACUAUUGUAAUCCAUACUGCUAAAAUAUGCUCAGUGCCGCAUCUUAGACCGGCUUCGGACCCAGUUCCCCUUGAUAUCAGCUGUAAACCAGUACUACCAGAGGAAACUGUACUCAAGUACAAGCGGUACACAGAACUAAAGGCAAAAAAAGACGAAUUAACCUUGCAGAAGAUGAAAGAGAGACAGGCUCAGUUACUGCGAAUGUUCCAGCAUGCUCCUGACCCCGUAUUAGGUGGAGGGGUAGGAGGGCUGGAGAGUAUAUUUACUGAACUAGGAUCCUGGGUGGAUUCAGCACUAGCAGCACAUAAUCAUCCUACAAUGAAAAUCAUUGAUCUCAAGGAAAAAUUAGCAAGCACCCUAAACCCUGCAAUGAAAGCGAUUAAAUCUCCCGGAACUAUUGACUCCGAACCUAACCCUGAGACUGGGACUGGUUCUAUCCCAGCUCCAGGGUUUGAUCCUGAGACAGAUGAGAAUGUUGAGCACAAGACGGAGCAGUGGAACCUUGUCAAUGGGAAGAAGGACAAGAACAGGUUCGAUCAAAAUCCUGACUUCAUCAAAAUGCAGGAAGAACGAAACGAGAUUUGGAGAAAAACUCAUGAAAAUCAACAGCUCUUGAAGAAAUUUAUUUCUCAAUUUCAUGAUACAAUCACAUUUCUUCAGAAAAAUCUGGACGAAGAACUGAAGUACGAUGCAGGAAUCAUAGAGAAACUAGAUGUACAGAAGACACAGCUCGAGAAGGUCAUAGAGAAAACAAGACAAACCUUGUCGCAGUUGAAGAGUCAGGAAAAGGACGUGAAUCUAAGAAUCAAAUCCUUAAUGCGACUCAUUAUGCAGACAAGUAAAGAAGGAGAAGAAGAAGAUGAUAAAGACUUGGAACAAGAAAUAAGGUUGCUGCAGAACGAGAUGGAUAAAGACGCGUUUUUGAAGAAUCUAGACGUUAUAAAGGAUGACAUGAAGCUUAAGUUCCCUGACAUCAUGAAAGAUGCAAUGCAGGAACUCGGGAUUCAGGAUGUUGAUAUCCAACAGGAGGAUGAGGCUAUGGCUGGUAUGGAGAAUGAGUUGAAAACUCUCCUGCAGAGGCUGGGAGGAGCAGAGGUUGGUAUCGAGGCUGCUCAUCAGCAGUUAGACUUAAUCAGAACCUCUGGUAGUCUGAAGAGAGAUGGGAAAAAGAGCGUCAAGAAAGAAUUAAGAGUUGACGAAACAGGAAAUCAGGAGAUUCAGGAUACAUCAGACACUAUCCAAGAUACUAAACAGAAACUCCAGCAGAUAGAGAACACUCUUGAUCAGGUUGAAGAAAGGUUGCAGGAGAAGAAAAAGAAGGUGAUGGAAGGAAUAGAAAAGAUUGGAACAGAAUUAAAGAAGAUGCCGGAUACUGAUGUUGAUGAAUUAAAGGCUGAUGAGCUGGUGAAGAACCUGGAGAGUACUAUUAAGAAGAAACUAGAGAAGCUAGGUCUGGAUACAAUGGAUAGACCUAUAGAGGUUAAGGUCAGUUCCAGAGAUUAUCUUGAAAUUAUCAAACUUUAAUUUUGGGGGUUAUUU